GAAAGAAAUAGAUGAACGACAAAAAGGAGCUAUGCUGCGAAACCAGACCUUUUUAAAGGAAUUCAAGCAAUUUGAAGCUCAUAUGAAAACUUCAAGUUUAGAGAUGAUUCAGAAGAUGGAAGUAACUUUCUAUAAGAUUUAAUGCAUUAGUGUUUACUAUUAUUACUGGGUUACUAAAUUGGUUUUGUACAACUAUUAUUCACAUCAAGAUUUCAGAUGUUAGUGAAACCUUGUCAUAUGUUUUAGAGUGCUUAAAAUUAUGUUUGGAAAUUUGAAAUGAACCCAAAUUAUGCUAAUGUAUGAUGUAAUAGACUCUACUAUUGCUACAGAGGUAGUCAAGAGCACUUCACAGAACUCUAUAUUUGUUCUCAGUCUUCUGAGUUUCUUUGAAGCAAGGAAGAACUGAGAUUAAAAAAAGAAAAGUAAAUGGAUCAUGUGUUUGGAGUCUUAGUGAUAAGAUAAACCAGUGUUAUCUAGGUUAAGACAAGAAGACAAGUUGUAGUAGUUUCAUAAAGACUGUUAUAAAACUGUGUUUUAGUUAGGCUUUUAUUACUUAAAAAUACAAAUUAUUUAAUGGAAGUCGUUUAAGUAUGUAUUUUUAAUUUUGCUGGUGUCAACACCGUAAGUAGCCAUAGUUAGCCUUGCCCCUGCUUUUGGCUUUGUCUUAUUCGGCAGAGGAAGUGUAAGAAUAAAUAACUCCUGUUACAACAAAUUAGUGUUUGAACUAGCUGGACUAAAGGUGAGCUCAAAUGAAGUCACACUUAGUUCUAUUACUAAACAGUCAACUAGCAAUACUUGAACACUGGUACAAGAAAAAGCUUCCUCCAGUAUUCUGUUGCACUCAGGUCUUUGCUUUUGCUAACAUUUUUGCAUGUUCUCAGAGACUUGAUUCAUGGUGCCUUCAGAGGUAGAAACUUUGAACUUUACUUCUGGUCUGGUAAAGUGAAGUCCAGGGAGUGUUUCAUCACCUUGGAUACUUGAAUUGUGUGUCGUAACUGACAUGGUAGGAGUGUGUUGAUACCAAAUGACUGACCACUUUCAAAAGACAUGCUAGAAUAUACUUCUUACUGUUUUCUUUGUAGCAUCUUUGUUAGCAAAGACAAUGGCAAAUGUGCUGCUUCUCCUUUCUCUACUCAUAGCCUUGACUGCUGUCAGCUCAAAGGUCUAUAUUUGCAAAAGGGCUCUUAUUACUGGCUUCACUGAAUGUCAUCGGUUUGAGAACUCAUGCUGAGAUGAAUUAUCGUUAUGAAAGAGGCUGUUGAACUAAUACAUGCCUGUUGUGGUUUUUAAAUGACUAAUUUCUUAAAAAUUACUGCAACAGGUAGAAAACAUACAUGGUUGUUACAUUUUAAAAGAAAGAAUAAAAGCUCUAAUGAGGACAAAUGGAAGUGACUGUUCAACAGCUACAUUAGCCACCCUCUGCUAUUUGUUCUGCCUGUUUCAGUUGGUUUGGUCCGUAGUUCUCAUAGGGGAAACAGUUCAGAGUCAGCUUGAUUCUGCAGUGUUUUCUUUUUUGGAGAGUAGUAUUUUCUUGUGGCAAGCCCCCACUGGAAUAUCUCCAGCCCCAUGAUGACCAGAACUGAUAAUGAGAUAGGGAUUUCUGUACCUCCAGCACGUAGUCAAUCUAUGUUAGUAUCUUAAAAUAGUAUGGGAGAAAAAGAAGUUGUGGAAGUAAAAAAAACAUUUAUAGUAAUUUCAUUUGUGUUGAGGGAAAGAGAUCAAUGACCACUAGGCCAUUCAGCUAUGACUUUCUAUGCGCUGAGUAAAAUUUGAUGAUUCUCUUAAUUUUUCCAGUCUUUCAGAGCCUUGUUUGCAAAUGUGAACAGACUUUUUGCUUUGCCUGUUUAUCCUUAUUGGGCUUUUUCCUUAUUGUUAUGUACCAGUAAUGCUAUUUUUAGCUUGAAGAGCUACAUUUGUAUUGCUUUUUUUAUAAUUAGUGCAGAAAGAUGAAACUCUUCUAUACUAGUAAAGAGAUUCCUGCACGUCUUGUCUUAAUGCUUGAAACACGCUUAUCAGGAUCCAUAUUUAAGGUUAUAUAAUAGACAGGAUUUUUUUUAUCAUAACUCAUGGCUGAAGUACUUUCAGUUUAAUAGGUUACUAUAUGAGGAAGCCAAGCUUCGAGGAUUUUUGAGUGGUAUUAUUAAUGUUGUCUUGCUAUUCACAGAAGAACAAUGUGGGAUGUUGCAAAGUGAUACGAGUUUGGUAAUGACCUCAGAUUUAAAAAAAAAAAAAUUGUGACAUGUGCUCAUUCCACUAAUAUACGGAGUCAGAUUUUUGGGAAGCUAAAAUUGGGAGGGAAGUGUAUUUACACCUGCUUUCUAAGAGCAGUAACAUUCUUCAGAGAUACUUGACAGGGGUUGUUUCUGUCCUGCUGCCACUCCCCUUUUUUUUAACUGCUGGAAGAAAGGAAGGAAGGAAACAAAUUAGUUGAGGCAUUUCAAGCCACUGGGAUGUCGUAGUGACACAACAAUUACUUUUGUGUGGCUGUCUAGAACUCAGUUGUGAUUGUUUUUUAUUUCUCUGUACUGCAGUUUGAAUUAAAACAGGAACGGUCUUCUCAGAGUGUGCUAUUUUUCUACCUCUAUGCAGUUCGGGGGCACACAGCUUGAUCUGAGACAGUAAACCAGACUGUGAUCCUCUUAAAAGGAGGUGUCUAAAAAGCCUGGGUACAGUUUCCAGAAAAUUUGAACAUGCAGCAGCAUCCUUGGAUGAUAGUGGUACAAGACUGAAAGAAAAGUGUGGGGUGGCUGAGAUGCUCAGGUACAGCAAGCAUGGUAUGGAAGAGAAAUUAAAAGUGUGUUAUCACUUCAAGAGGCUAACUUGUCAGCAGAAGAUGACAAGGAAGAACACAACGAGCAGAUGCUGCAGGUUGGAAGACGACAGGCAGGAACCAGCACCAGGACAGCUGUGCCAAGAGGACUGUAUCAGCCAGCCACAGUCUUUAUGGGCCACCACACAUCAGCUGUCUCGGCUGCCGAAGGUUUGGGCACACAUCAGAAACACCCCCAGCCCACAGAGAGCUGCUCAGUGCCUGCCCUGCCUUUGUGCUCUCCAUCACUUGAAGGACUUGGUCCAGAGGGCAGAAGCACUGAUUUAGAGAGAGAUGCAUCAGUGGAGGGAGCAGCAAGACGUGGGAACCUGGCUGUCAGGGAGGAAGACUCUGAGCAGCUCACCUCCUCAGCAUCUGAUUCCAAACCAGCCACCCCCAAGGAGGAACAGCUGUGGGGAAGCAUCCCAGGACUAAAGCCUCGCCUGAGUAACUGGUGGAGUUGUAAGGAGGCAAGCUGGGAGAGCAGCACUGAGCUCCCGAUCCCUGCAAGUGCUUCUGCAAGCGCUGAGGAGGCGAUGCCGAGCACUCCCAGCAUGCCACGGGGAAUGGCCUCACCAGGUCCUGGCUGGCAGCAGGGCAGGGAUGCCCACACUGGAGACAGCUCCCCACUGCAACUACCAAACCCUCCUGCAGUGCAGGAGGAGCCCUCGGUCAGCUCAGCACCAGACAGGCACGGUGGGAUGCUGGCAGGACUCUCCCUUGCAUUGCGGUUGAUAGAAGACAUGGUGAGGAUGAGCCCCCGGCGCCGGGUGCUGUACCAGGGCCAGAACGCGGGGACAAUGGGGACGGAAGAGUUGCUCAGCUUUUGUAAUCGGGCUGACAGUCUGAAAGAAGAUGACCUUGAAGCAUGCGAAGCAUUUGUCCUUCAUCAGCUUCAGGCUUUAUUGCAGAGCCCACUGAAUGGAUGCCUCCUACCUGAGAAAACACUUGAUGCUAAAGGUAGAGCGGUGGAUGAAAAGCAGACCAGGCCAGACCAGCAGUGGGAUGUGGAUAUGCUGCAGUCUUGCUUGAGCAGCCAUGCCCUGUUCUUGAAAAAGCAGCAGGUUCAGCUCACGGAAGAAGUGGCAGAGAUGUUUGAAAGACUGCUGGUUUCCAGCAAGAAGGUGCAGGACAGCCAGGCUCUACCGGUGUUGAGAGAGGUCCUUCCAGAAGAGUGUGGGGAUAGGUCAUCUAUUCAGAGUAAUGAAUCAUCUUAUAGCUUGCCAUCGAUCCCAAAUGACAGCGGGGAAAUAAAGCAGGCAAAACACGCUCCCUGGCUCGCCGGCUCAGGAGAACAAGAAGUCACAAGCUGGUGUGAAGAUGAGAGCAAGGAAGAAAGCGUGGUCGAAAAGAUUCCUAUUACAGGUUGGGAUGGUGGUGAUAAUAGCUCCAAAGCAAAAGCAAGCCAAGAAAUGCAUUCAGAAACUAAUUCUUUAUCGAAUGAAAGAAGUCCUCCCUUCUCAAGGACUGAAACCAGGAAGGGAAUUGUAACUGCUAUAAAAUCCAAAGCUUUCUGGGGUGAAUCUGACGACAGCAGCUCUGAGAUUGAGGCUGCUUUGCGCCCACAAACUCACAGCACAGAAGCAGAUGAAUUUGAUGACUUCUAUGAUUGAUUCCCCUGCUUGCUUUUGGGAAGAAAUAAACAAUAUCAUCUUGUACAUAUUGAAGGUGCUGCUGUCAAAAGUGCAGCUCAUCACUUCAUAGUCGAGAAAAUUUAAAUACAAAAUAAAUAUUACUCAGUACUAUACACAG